AUGUAUGCCAGAUACGUCCCUCCCUCAAAGGGCGGAAGCUCUUCGAAUGCAGCACCAGCGCCUGCUGCACCUCCGAAACCUUCCACCACGAGCGACGGCUUCAACUACUCGCGAUACGUCCCCGGCGCAAAGCCUGCGCCUGCGCCAAAGCCCGUCGAGGUGCCACAAGUCCAAUACUUUGAUGACGAGCCGACACCGCAGAAGCCGAAGAGGAAAUGGGAGUCUACAGAAGAGGCUCAGAACUCUCCGCAGCCCGGCAGCAAAAAGUCCAAGACGGAAGCAGAGACGGUGAAGAAGGACAACGAAGAAGAACCCAAGAAGAAGAAGAAGGUUAGAAGAGGCAAGAGGAGGACCGGAGCUUCCAAGGACGACGAGGAGGAGCCAGAAGCCCCCAAAGACAAGGCCGAACCACAAGAGGUUGAGAAGGAGACACCUAAGGAAAUAAGUGAGGUCCAAGAGGAGAGUCAGACGCUCGAGGAGGACUCUGAAAAGGACAAGAAGGAGAGGAAGAAGAAGGAAAAGAAGGAGAAAAAGGAAAAGAAAGACAAAAAGAAGGAAAAGAAGCAAGACCUGGAACAAGCUGAUGAGGUGACGCCGGAAGUGAACGACGACAACGAAGAUGUGUCCAUGGUCGAUGCUACAGGUCCCGAGGCAGCUGAGGAGGUUCCCGAACCAGUCGAGACUGUGAAGGCAACUGAGGAAAAGAAGGAGAAGAAACGGGAGAAAAAGAAGAAGCACAAGGAGGCUGAACCGACCGAGGGAGAAGCAGCCGAGGAGGACACCAAGAGACACAAGGCGGUGCUUGAGCGUUUGGAAAAGUCGUUGAAGUUCGCCAGUGAGACGGUACAAGAUGCCGAGGAGGAAUCAGAUCAAGGAGAGCUCCAUGGUCUCGAACCUCUACCCCAGCCUGAACCCAUCUCCAUCACAACUUCCAAGCCCAGCUACGAGACCCUUCCACCCUGGCUGGCGGAGCCAAUUCGCGUCUCACAAGAUACUCGCACGCCUUUUGCAGAUCUCGGCAUUCUGCCCAAGGCAUCUCGCGUGCUAGAGGAGAAGGGCUUCAAGGAUGCUUUCGCUGUGCAGACAGCAGCAAUUCCUCUCCUACUCCCCACAAGCAAGCAACGGCCAGGCGAUGUCCUCAUCUCUGCUGCCACUGGUUCUGGAAAGACCCUUGCGUACGCACUGCCUGUCGUACGAGAUAUCAGUCAAGGUGCUGUGACAAGACUCCGGGCUCUAGUGGUCCUCCCUACGCGUGAACUGGUGAAGCAAGCCCAAGAGGCGUUUGAGCUCUGCGCCAGAGCAUUUGAAGGCGGAGACCGGAAGAGGGUCAGGGUGGGCAUCUCAAUCGGUUCUCAGUCACUCAAGCAUGAGCAGGAGUCUUUGAUGGAUCGAGAGGUCCGGUAUGACCCUGACACACACAAGAAGCUGCAAGAGGAGAGCGAGCAAAGGAAACAAAAAGCUGGCAUCUCUGCUCUCGAUGACCUUGAUGAUGACAAAGCCGAUCCUCGGCUGAGCAGCAUGGACGGCUACGUCGUGGACUUUCCCUCAAAGGUGGACGUUCUGAUCUGCACCCCUGGGCGAUUGGUAGAGCACAUGGAACAGACUCCUGGCUUCAGCCUCGACUAUGUUCGAUGGCUGGUAGUUGAUGAGGCUGACAAGCUCCUUGCGCAAAGCUUCCAGGGCUGGCUGGAUCUCGCAAUGGACAAGUUCCGCGUCAGCAAGUUCAGCGCCCGGGACUUUCCAGAUAUGGACUUUUCGGGUGUUCGAAAGGUCAUUCUCAGUGCCACUCUUACCAGAGAUCUGAGUCUGCUCAACCAACUGGGUCUGCGACGGCCGCGACUGAUCGUCCUGGAGAGCGACGGCGAUGUCCAGAUCGCGGAGCAUUCUCUGCCUGUACUCCUGAAGGAGCACGCCAUAAGAGUUCACGACACGAAUCUCAAGCCGCUCUACUUGCUUGAGCUGCUCCGAAGCCAGGACAUGCUCAUGGCCAGUCCGAACAAGGAUGAAGACGCUGCGAAGCCUGAUGAAGCUGAAGAGUCUGAUACCAGCUCGAGCUCGGACUCUAGCUCAGACUCUGAUUCUUCCGGUUCUAACUCUGACUCUGACGCAACCUCAGACACAAGCUCCGAUUCCGACUCUGACUCGGAUUCUGAGUCUGAGUCCAAGUCGAAACGGUCAUCAGGUCGCUCACUCAAGUCUCAUAUUCCUGUCUCUCUCAUCUUUACCAAGUCAAAUGAGUCGGCGCUUCGUCUAUCACGACUGUUGGCCCUGCUUGACCCUUCGCUGGCCUCGCACAUCGGCACUCUCACAUCUACGACACCUACACACAUCCGUCGCAAGACUCUGCGUGCUUUCACGGCACCAUCCUCUCCCAUCCGGCUCCUCAUCGCUUCCGAUCUCGUUGCCCGAGGUAUCGAUCUUCCCAACCUCGACCACGUCAUCAACUACGACCUGCCGCCAAGCGUUGCUGGUUAUGUCCACCGAGUUGGUCGUACAGCUCGAGCUGGAAGGUCUGGAUGCGCAUGGACACUGGUGGGCGAUGAUGAGAGCGGUUGGUUCUGGGGCAAGAUCGCCAAGGGUGCAGGUGUCAGGAGGGCUCAAAAGAUGGAGAGAACGAGGAUUGAAGAGAUGGGCGAGGAGAAGGUGGAGGAGUAUGAGGCUGCCCUGGAGAAGCUGGGCAAGGAGGCUGGAAGGUGA